AAACUCACCUCUGAACAAAGUCCACACACUAUCCCACCCACAACCACCUCUGACACCAUGUGCCAAUCUUGCUGCUCCCCUUGCUGCCAGCCCAGCUGUUGUGGGUCCAGCUGCUGCCAGCCUUGCUGUCGCCCAACUUGCUGUCAGACCACCUGCUGCAGGACCACCUGCUGCAAACCAACCUGUGUGACCAGCUGCUGCCAACCCUGCUGCCAGCCUUGCUGUCGCCCAACUUGUUGUCAGACCACCUGCUGCAGGACCACCUGCUGCAAACCAACCUGUGUGACCAGCUGCUGCCAACCCUGCUGCCAGCCUUGCUGUCGUCCUUCCUGCUGCUGCCAGCCUUGCUGUCCUCCAACUUGCUGUCAGACCACCUGCUGCAGGACCACUUGUUGCAAACCAACCUGUGUGACCAGCUGCUGCCAGCCUUGCUGUCGCCCUUCCUGCUGCUGCCAGCCCUGCUGCCAGCCUUGCUGCCCCCAAACUUGCUGUCAAACUACCUGCUGUAGAACCACCUGCUGCAAACCAGCUUGUGGGUCCAGCUGCUGCCAGCCCUGCUGCCAGACAUGUUGCAUACCAGCUUGCUGUCAAACUACCUGCUGUAGAACUACCUGCUGUAAACCGACCUGUGUGAGCAGCUGCUGCCAGCCUUGCUGCCAGCCCUGCUGCUAG